AUGUUUAGAUUCUUUAAAUUUAGCCAAUCGAAUUUGUCCCUAGAGGAAUCUUUUUUCUCUGAUGAAAAUGGCAAGGAAAAUAAGUGUUUGGAGAAUGCUGUAGUAGGAGAUACCAAAAUAAAGAAUGAUAAUACACAAGAUAUAGAACAAAGCCGUCUGGAUGUGAUUGAGGCUAUACCUGUAAGAAACGAUGAAGGCCAAAUGAAUGUUAAAGAAGAUCCAAUUUUGCCUCUAGAAGCGCGUUCUAGCACAUGCAGUUUUGAUUUUGGUGAAGAUUACGCGCUUGGUUCAGCCGCGAAUAUGAUUCCUGAAACCGCUGAAACUGCUGAUGAUGCUGACAGCGGCGUUGUUCUGCCUCUAAAUGCUAGUAUUAAAAGGUCCCGUAACAUGAGGAAAUCAGAACUGCAGAAGUCGCGAUCGUCAUUUUCUGAUAGCAGUGUAAAUAAAGGUAAACUAGAGAAGGUAUUGACACGGUCGAGGUCGGCGGAUAAUAUGCAUACUGAACAAAGGUUAAUAUCAGGGGUACGACAAUGGGUUCAUAAGACGGAAAUUUCAGAGAAAUUCAGCCCCCGAGUUACCCUUAGUCAACAAAGAAAGAUACCAACAUCGUUUCAUGGCCAUAAAAGGGUGACUUCAGAUGGAUCACCGGGAGUAAGUCCCAAGAAUUUUACGGCAGAAUCAUCAUCACCUCUUUCUCGUCAUCUAUUAAAGCAGGCUGAAAAAGCUGACCAAUCAUAUGAAAAGGCCCCUGAAUUUAAAAAAAUUCCCGUUGAGCAGGAGUUUACACCAAAUAAGAGUAUCUCAACACCUUUGAAGUUGUUUUCAAAUGGUCGAAAACUAAGAAUUCCAAUAUAUAAGGGCACACAAACACCUGAGAAGAACACAUACGGAUUUACGAGCCAUAGUUCUGCUGCGAAGAACUUGUCACCCUUGCGUUACGUUUCCAGGGCAGCAAGUUUACCUGUUAGUUCAAACAAGUAUAUACCGCCCCAAAACACCGUGUUUCUAAAUGGUCUAGCUGAUUAUUUAGACAGGAAGGCGUUGGAUGAAAAUGGUACGAUGCCGUCACAAAAAGGAACUCUUACUGCUAAGAAAAUAACCGCAAGCCGCACGGCUGAUCUUCCUGUCAGGCUAAAACAACGAAGAAGAGACUCCUUAACACCUACAAGAUACAUACCGAUAUCUAAGAGUUCUCCUGGUAUGGGAAUUAGAAAAUUUGCAAGGCCUGAUAUGCAGCAAAUUGAUGCAUUGGAACGUAAAACACCUGAACUUAUGGAACCAUUGAUGGAUAGUCCUCCUGUAUUCAAUCUAAAACAUACAAAGCCGUGCACACCUCCCUUUGGGUUACAAAACACCGAACUAACAAACAUUCUGCCUUUGGAAAAAUGGGACGCUAGUGAAGGGAGUCCGAAACAUUCAUAUAUGAUACAGCAGGGCUGUAGUAAAUCAAACGCUACAGAUUCGAAUUCCAUUCAAACUCAGAAGAGGGCCGCUCAACUGGAAAUAGAUAUAUCUUCAGAUUCCUUGCAACGGAUAAAAAAAGGACCAUCUGAUGUGAAUUACGUCGCAUCUAUGGAUGCUAAAAGUGAAUUGCAGAUGUCACAGGAGUAUAUAUUAACACAGAAAGAUGAGUAUUCUGAAAGCGGAGAAUUACAGAUACCAAUCAGUAUGAAAAAUGGUGCUGCAAUACAUCCUAAAGAUUUUAGAGAUCAGCAGGGUGUAGACAUAUUACCUGGGGCUCAUUCUGAAAGUCAGUGCACGAAGGCUCCAAGUAAUCCUUCAAGAAAGAACACUUUGCUCACAGCGGAAAAUAUUCCAGAUAUCAUUGGUAACCUUGAGAUAUCAAAAAAAAGCUCCAGACAGUGCCAGAAUAUUGAAACAGCCGUGCUAACCACGCGAGGUACUGAAAUCAUAUCAUUGCCGGUCCAAUCCUUAGAUGCCUCUGCCCAGGAACACUUAUCAGCUGAACCACAGGGAGCUUUUAAUACGAAUGGGAUCCGAGAAUCUAGUAACCAAGAAAUUGGUAUUUGUUCAUCUAUCCCUCAGAAUGGCACACAAAAUUUUGAUUCAAUCGCCACAUCAACUCAAAAACCCUAUUUAAAUCCUUCAUGUUUUGACAAAGAAAUUAGUGAAGAGGAUGGUCAAACACUAAUGGGGGAGGACCAUGAAUUAUCUUCUAGCUCUGAUUAUGAUUACUUACUCCAUUGUGCUCCCAGAACGGAUAUUACCAGAAGCCUACCAUCAAGCAAUAUUGGAACUAAAUCUACAUCUGCCACUUACGAGCUUACAAUGUCGAGCAGAACCAAGCCCGAGAACAAACAGGAAAAACUGCAAGAUACAAACUCAAUUAAUUCAUUGGUAGAGAAUUCAGAUGAAGCCAAACCAGAAGAGGUUAAUCUAUUUGCCAAAACACACAACACAAACUCAUCAACAGGCGAUAAUAGAAAUGAAUCUGUAAGUGGCGAAAGAGCCUUAGAGGCAGAUAAAAUAUCCUUAGGUGAAAAUGCUACAAACAUUGGAAGCAGGGUAUCUAGCCCUUCUCUGAAUAUUGCAGAGAAUUCUCCCUUAAAAGAACACGAAAACAGUUCACCAAAAUUAUGCAACCCCUUUGCGAAACAACAAAAAACACCCCCUAUAAUUUCAGAAGUUGAUAACAAUCCGUCUUCUGGCGCUAAUCUGGAUACUGCAAGUACUCAUUCUACUUCAGCUAAAGCCUCAUAUAAAUGGAAAGCUCGCAGUAGAGAUUGGUCAGAAAUAUCUGAAGCCAACACCUUACCUACCAAUCGUUCAAUUGAUUGGAUAUUUAGCGUGGUUCCCAAACCCAUUAUCAAUGGGUACUCCAGAUUUUGUCAGUCAAUGGAAGCGGAGGGAAAGGGUGAUGCUGUUAAAGGUGCGCUGCAAAGGUUGUUGGAUGUAGCAGAGACUUGUUCUGCUGAAAAGAAAAUAGAUGUUAAAAACUCCAAGUGGAUUUCAUCUCGUACUUACUAUACUAGGGAUCAAUUAAAAAUUGGCGAGAUGCUUGAAGGCUUCAUGAAUGAACGGAAUAAACAACCAAAAAAUAACAAUAAUAUAAAGACAUCGACCAAUUCUGAUGAACCUAUUGAAAUAUCAGAUGAAGAGAACUGUAACAAGAAUAUUGAUAAUAAUAGUUCAGAUGAAUUUACCAUGGACGAGGAUGAGGGAGUAUUGAGAGCAUUUUACGAACUGAUGAAUGCUAAUGGUUACGAUCCGGAUAGACGGGUCCAACCAACAGAUAACACUGCAGAUUACAGCAAAAGUUCUAUAGAUUUGAAAAAGAAAAUGGUCAACGUUGAAUCAGAUGAUGUGAUUGAACCAGAUCCUGACGAAGAACAACUCAGAAUUGAACAUCCAUCUAAACUGGAAAUCAUUAGCCUGGUCGACUCUAGGUGUGAGUCAGAAAAUUCUGAUGAUGAAGCUCUCAAUACUAUGCUUGUACAUCCUACACACACGUUAUCUAGAUCACUGGAUAAAGGAAAAUGCAACAAGAAGGUUAAAAUAUCUAAGGGCAGUUUAAUACUAGAUCCUGAAACUUUGAGGAAAAAGAUGGAACUUGUUUUGUACAAUCGUAUGAAGAAAAGAACUAGCUUACUGCGACGUUUCACAAAAGAAAAUAUUAUUUCUUUUGUUCAAGAGGGUAUUUGUGAUCAUGCUCCGCAAAGUCAAGAUAGGUGUGUUUCAGCAACCAAUAAUAUUUGUAACGUUAACAACUAUGAAUCCAGUGCAAUAUUCCAUUUCCAAAACCCUAAAUCACUCCUCUAUUUUCGGUACAAUGAUCUGCCAUAUCCUUCAGAUAAUUUACCACGCGGAGUUAUUUCAAUGAACUCCGAAAAUAUUAUAACGCCUCGAAAGGUUGAGUUUGUGGAUCAUAGUUCCUUAGGCACAGAUGAGCUUACUUCGAAGAAAGGUACAAAUAUUUCGAAUGUUGGCGUUUUUAGCUCUUCUGAAGGGUUAAACCCCUCAAACUGCAGAAACACUUUCCAAAAGAAGACUGUGACACUCUAUUCCUCACUAGUGUCCCAAACUUCAGAAUUCACCAGUAGGCGUUGUGUUCCAGAAAUUGAUGACGAUGCAUUUUCUUUCCCAGAAUUUGAUAUUCCGAAUUGUGAAAUUUUUUUAGACCGUUGUGAACACACGAACUUUCUUACUGACUUGUUUUCUGCUGGUUUCCAAACUCUGGGUGCUAAAAUUGUUGAUGAAGCAAGUUGGAAAGUUAAAACAGCCGAGACAUCUAUACAGUUCUUCGACGGUAAAGAUAUUCACCCGUUGACUUACAAAUCUGUGGUGCAACGAAUUCCCAUCUUAAGUGCUGAUAGUGAAAUAAAAACAAAACUAGCAUCUUGUAAUUGCAAGACUAGUCAAGAAACCAACCAUACUGUUGACGAAGAAUAUGUACCUGAAUCAAAUUGUGAUAAUGGUGCAUCCAGAGCCACGACUGUUGAAAGUGCUCUAUCAGACGAGAAUUCAGAUAUCAAGGCUGGGUAUGAAAUUCCCAUGUUGUUAGAAGGGGUUGAUAAUGUCUUAAUAGACUCCCCGAAAAUUGAGUUAAGAGACCCAGAAACAAGUUCAGUGACUGCCGAAGAUAUUUACAAUUCGCAAAAAAAUCUAUCAGAAUUACAACCAAGCUGGACCCAAAAACUAAAGGGUAUUAAAGUUUGGAUAGACCCAUUCAAUACUUGCUCCAACCAUGAUUUAAUCAAUGAAUGCAUCUCAAUGUUUAAAAUGGCUGGCGCUUCUCUAGAAUAUAAUGCUUCGUCAUUGGAUCCCGAAUUUUCUCAUGAUGUAGACGGUAUAUAUAUUGAUUCAGGUGAAAACAAAGAGAUCUGGUCAUUCACCAAAGCAUUGGAAUAUUUUAAAACACUUCCUCUUGACACUUCCAUAUAUGGUGAACUCUUAAAGCAUUACAAAAAAACCAAGGAGCAGCAGGCUACUGCAAAACAGAAAUUAGUACACUUUAUUGAUAGCAGUGAUGAAGACAAAAAAGCACCUCUUACAAAAACCCCAAAGGUAAUUCCAUCGAAAUUCCCUUCAAUCUGUAAUGUCUGGAAGCAGUACAAAGCAUACUACCAACCCUGGUUCCAACAAGGUCUCAAAGCUCAAGACAAAGUACUCUCUGAAAUCAUCAAAAAUGACAGCAAAACAGCAUGCAAAAGUGACAAACUUGCGUCAAUAGUCUCGGGUCUAUCAUCUGAGGUAAUUGCAAACCAAAUCCAAAUCGCUUCUCUAAAGGGCCAAUUGGCCCAUAAAGAAAAGCUACUAGCCCUGAAAGAAAAAGAACUCCAAACACUGCUAAUUAAAUUGGAAGGUGAACUGGAUACUAAUCAUAAGAAGGAAGAAUUACUGGUCUACAUGAAAGGUACCCAGGGAAUUUAA